AUUAGUAAUUAACAUCUCUAUUACCCAAUUGCGUCGUAACUAAAUUAUAAAUAAAUGUUCUGUCUUUAUCUCUACGGAGAGCAGUUCAUCGGCUCGCGGAGCGCGGCCAGCAUGCUGCUGAUAAAGAGGCUACGUAACACCGCGCUACCCAGACUAACACGUGAAUUGUUAAAUACAAACAGUUUAUCAUUUAGAAGCGGAUAUAGUUAUCACAGCCUCGAAGACGCAAUCACACUCGAAAUUAACGGAGAAACAUUGAAUUUUCCCCAUGUGUGGCUGAGAGACAACUGCCAGUGCCAACAGUGCUUCCAUCCGUCGGCGAAAAGCCGGAUACUAGAUUGGAGCAAAUUCAACCUUAAUACGAAACCAACGCAAGUUCAUAAAGACGAGAAUUCUGUGAGAGUAACAUGGGACGACGGCCAUACAUCGCAGUACCGCCUCGACUGGCUGAAGUUCCGAAGCUUCACGAAGAAAAACCAACAGCAAUACGACAAGGAGUUGUACAAGCCUCCGAAAGUCACAUGGAAAGGUGAUGAUUUUCAAAAAAUCUGCACCACCAAUGACUAUAACGAAAUAGUAUCGUCCGAUAAAGCGUUGUUUAAAUGGUUAAAUGAUUUAUCAACGUACGGGGUGAGUCUGAUACAAAACACGCCGAACGACGAAACCGCAAUCGAGUCUAUAAUAAAACGAGUCGGUUUCCCUAAACAAACGCACUAUGGCGUCAAAUUUAUAGUGCAGAACGUCGCCAACACGAGCAACGUCGCCUAUUUGUCUAGCAAUUUACAGAUGCAUACCGAUCUGCCUUACUAUGGCUACUGUCCGGGAGUUAACUUACUCCAUUGUCUGGUGCAGACGAAAUCAGAUGGAGGGGAGAAUACUCUAUCUGACUGCCACUAUGUCGCUAACUACAUGAAAGAACAUCAUCCCAACCAAUACAGGAUUUUGACCGACAUGGAAAUUGAAUGGAGUGACAUUGGAGUAGAAAACGGAAAUGAAUUUUACAAGCUUUACAGAUCGCCCGUUAUAUGCGUCGAUAAGCUUGAGAAUGUGUCGAGGAUCAACUUUUCGAUACCGCAAAGGGGCAGCCAUUUCCCUGGCCCAAUAGAGCUGGUCAGGCCGUGGUAUGAGGCUCACAGCCUCUUCUUCGAGCUAAAUCGCAGGUUUAGUGCAAAAGUCAAGGUGGACACUGGCAGCAUCCUCACAUUCGACAACAUCCGUCUUCUGCACGGCCGAAACCAGUACCAAGACUGUGACAACAACAUCAGGAAGCUAAUAGGAGCAUAUGUUGAUUGGGAUGAAGUUUACUCCCGCUUGAGAUCUUUGAAAGUAAAAUUGGAAAAGAGGGAUUAUUAUUGAUUGAAAAACAUUUAUAUAAUUUAUUUAUUGAA